GAAGGUUCAGUUUGAAAGUCAUCGGACAGAAAGAGAGAAGAUUCACUGAAUAAAAAGCGUAAGUAACCAAACAAAGUCUGAGCCCCCAGGAUUUCCAUUAGUCAGUUCAGAUGUUUGUGCUCUUCAUAUGUAACAAAACGGAGUGUUUAUAAAUUAUUCUUUGAAUACUUUAUUUUUAACAUGCAUAAGGGUUUACUGAAAUCUGAGCUUCUGCGUUUUUGCACAUUAAUGUCAUAUUAGGUAAAACUCCAACAAGUAACCUUUUGAACAGUAAACACUUUGAUUUGACAGGUGAAGUUCAGGUCCAAAUAUUCAGCAUAUUUCAGUCUAUGAUAUUUGACAAUAUAUCCUUUAACUUGGUCAAAAGUCACAGGAGGACGACCUCAGUAGGUCACCACUUAAUGGAUUCUUACAAGGAAGCAGAACGCAUUAAGGAAGGAAAGCUGACCUGGAGUAAACCAGCUGAACAAGAGAAGAGUCAGAGUAACAGCAGGAUGAUAAGAGACGAACUCCAUCCUCGCAGUGUGUGAAGGCACCUCCUCCUCUCCCUCCCUCCCUAAAACUCACACCCAUCCCUCCCUGGUUCCUCCAGUCCCUCCUUCAGUCUGCAGUCAGAUGUUCUCUCACUCAGAUCGUCUCUUUCUUUGGAACAUUGCUUCUUCGUCUCCGUAGCCGAAGGAAAGAUGUUGCUCUUUAGACUUCUGGGUCUGCUGGGACUCUUCAUGCUCUGCAAGGUUCAGUCUGGGACCGGGACAGAGGAGCCCUGCGACAACUUCACCGACCUGGACCUGUCCCACUGCUUCAUGGGAACCAGCCUUGAUGUCCGUCUGCUGCUCUACACACGCUCAAACCUGGACUGUGGCCGAGAGAUCAACCACCACCACCUGUCCUCCUGUCCACUCCUGGACCUCCACCGUCCCACCGCCUUCGUCAUCCACGGCUAUAGGCCCACGGGAGCGCCGCCCAUCUGGAUCAACCAUAUAGUGCACCUGCUGGCUGAGCAGGAAGACAUGAACAUCAUCGUGGUGGACUGGAACAAAGGAGCAGCCAACCUCAACUACUUCACUGCUGUGACUUACACCAGAGAGGCUGCUCUGAACCUGACGGGGUUCAUCAAGACUAUGCAGGAAGAAGGAGCCUCUCUGAGCUCCAUUCACCUCAUCGGAGUCAGCCUGGGAGCUCACCUGGCUGGAUUUGUUGGAGCAAACCUGAAUGGGACAAUUGGUCGUAUCACAGGUUUGGACCCAGCUGGGCCCAUGUUCACCAGCGCCACACCAGAAGAGAGGUUGGACCCCUCUGACGCCAUGUUUGUGGACGUUCUGCACACCGACAUGAACUCAUUUGGACUCCGAGGAGCUCAUGGUCACAUUGAUUUCUACGCCAACGGUGGAUCCGACCAACCAGGAUGCCCCAAAACCAUCUUCUCAGGUAAAUCUUACUUCGUGUGCGACCACCAGCGAUCUGUGUUUUUGUUCCUGUGCGCCCUGAACCGGACCUGUCACCUCACCGGGUACCCCUGCUCCUCAUAUAGCCGCUUCCUGGACGGACAGUGUCUGAAGUGUGAGGCCUUCAAACCCGCCUCCUGCCCUGUGCUCGGCUACAACGUCAGCCUGUGGAGAGAUGCUCUAGUGAAGCUUGGACAGACCAAGGUCUUCUUCAGCACCACCGCCACCCUGCCCUACCAGAAGCUAAGCUACAGAGUGGACAUGGUGACAUGGAACCAGUACCUGCGCUGGGGGGUUGUCUACAUCCGUCUGCACAGCGGCAGGAACUCUACAGAGGCCCGGAUAGACCAUAAGCUCCUGCGGUUAGAGCAGUACACCUCCACUCGCCUGCUGGCCCAGUUCGACGAGGACCUGCAGCAGGUCCAGAAGAUCUCCCUGAGGAUCAACACGGGGAAUAUCAUCGGCCCUCGUUACAAAAUCAGGCUGCUGAGAAUUCGCUUCACACCGUUGGAGCGUCCCGACAGGCCAGUGUUGUGUCGUUUUGACAUCAUCAUGGAGGAGAACAUGGAGGUGGCCUUCAGACCUCUGCCUUGUGAGUCUCGACUCUAACGUUGAGACUGAAACCGGAGUCCCAGCUGCAUUCAGGUUGCUACAGGAUCUCCAGCCUCCAUCAACCUCCACACAAAGCUCCAGCAGAACCAACAGACUCAUCACUGAAGACCAGCUGCUGCUGUGGAUUACUCCUGGUUAUCAGAACCAGGAGCUGGAGGGUCAAAGUUGAGAACAGGAGGUGACAGAUCAGAGGUUCUGCUGAGACAGAGACUCUUUAGUCGACUUGAUGAAGCUCAGUGGUGAUUUUUCCAGUCAGCUUCAGCUCAUCUGGAAACGUUCAGUUUUUAGAGCAAAACAAAACUCAUUUCAGCUGCAUCAUAUUUCAGUCUGUUUUUUAACAAUGGAGAUGCAUUUAAUGAGGAGGACUGACAGGAAUCCAUUCUAACCAUUAUAUCUGCCUAAGAAAUAAUUACAUAUUCAUUAUAUUGAUGCAGCCUGUUCAUUGACUAAGCCAUAUUUUGGUUCCUAGCAGCCAGACUUUAUUAUCUUUUAAAGUGGUCUUGAUAAAUAUCUCUGAAGACUUUCUGAGGGUCUUUCAAAGUUCUUCUGUGUCUACUGGCUGCUUUUUACUUCCUUAACUUCGACCUAUGAGUCAUUCAGGGACGCCUAAACUCAAAGAAUGAAACUGUUUUGUGUCGAUGCAGAGAAGACAAAUGGAUCUGUAGACAGUUUGAUACCAACAGCUCGUCACAAAGAUGAAAACAUCUAUAGCAAUGUUCAGCUAGCUCCAUCCUUGCUAGUGACCGGCCCGUUGGAAAAUCACAAAUCCCUUCUUUUCCGUUCAGUGAACUCAUCUCUUCAGUGCAGAAGUUGUUACUGUGGGAAGAAACCUCUAGGUUAGCUAUUUUUAGUAACUGUGAGAUGUUUAAAGGUGAAGUGGAAGGAGAAACAAACGUUGCAGGAAGUUAAAAUGGUGCAGGGAUGUCAGCUGUUCAUUCAGGUUGGAACGAUAGUGAGUUAGACUUUGCUGUGUGACAUUUUGUCUAUUUGGUGAAAAAUAGCAGAUAAAGCCGAGCCAAACUUCAGCAGGUUAACUUCCUCUGGAGCUUUCUGGGUCUGUCAGUUUUUAAACAUGUCAUCAGGAGUGAAAAGGCUGUGUACUCUCUAGGGAAUAGAUGCAGAGAUCACUGUUUAUACUUAGUAAUUAUACACUAACUGUUAAUUACUAAUGACUAAAAAUAUUAAUAUGGUGCAUCUCUUGUUCUAGCUUCUCCAAUACAAUCUAAACUAAAUAAUACUAAGAUCUCCUCAUCUUCUUGACGUCUUCACUCUUAACUCUUUGUUUUCAGAUUGCCAUGGUUGUAUUUGAAGUCAUGUUGGUCUUUAUCAUCUGAAACCUUCAUGUUCAGAUGAGUUUCUGUGCCUUUUUUCCAGCAGCUAUGACUAUUUUUAAUCUGCAGCUCCCUUUGUAGACGAGAGUUCAUAUAAAUCACGGUAUCCAUCAGAGGAAGGUUGCAGCUGCCGGUCCAACAUCACCGCUGCAGCAUCCUGUUAUCCUACAACGCUGCAGGGGUCUAUUUCUCGCUGAAUGUGGCUGUGGACCAACUGAGCAGCAAAUACAGAUUAUUUUCUGUGCAAUAAAAAACAUUCCUGGCAA